AUGGCUACGCUUAUAUGCAGGGUGCAGUUCUUAGAUGAUACGGAUCCGUUCAACAGCACCAAUUUCCCCGAGCCUACCAGGCCACCUCUGUACACUUUCAGGGAAGACAUUCCCCUGAUCAAUCAGAUCGCCGGAGUCCACAGGCUGCUGAAAGCUCCGCAGAAGCCUGAUGACUGUGCCCUCCAGCUGUCCCAUAAUGGAAGCUACUUGGAUUUGGAGUCUACCCUGGCGGAGCAGAGAGAUGAAAUGGAGGGAUUUCAGGAGGACGGCGGGUAA